AAACACAUGGACGCAGUAUUUUCCGGCCUCUUGAUACACUUCGUCUUUUGGUCUUCGUUGGCCAAAGUUUAAUCUGAGCAGUUACACAACACCGCCUCAGCCGUAGCCUGAGAUGUUCGUCUGCCGCUUCUAUUUUGGUUGUUUCUCGUCCUCCCGUGUUUCAGUUAUGCACCUGCACCUCCCUCCCCAACUACCCAUUCCUGUGAAACCCUAAUUCGUUGCUCUUGAUGUUGGGAUUGAUCGCAUCAUCGGGGCAUCGGAGUGAAAAUGGUGGAAAGGAGGAAACCUCUUAUAUUGUCCUCUACAAGAGAUAUUAUUGAUUCUGUACUCUCUUCGGCGAAGUCGGGUACUGAAGGGAAUGAUGGAAGGGCAGCCGAUUGGAAGCUCCCGCUGCGCCUGCCGGCCGGGAUUCUCAGGUUCUCCGGCGAUGGCACUGGAGGAAGUGAGCUUCACGAGAGCUCGCAUCUGGUGGGGUUAUCUUCCUCGGUGCUUAGAAAACUCUCGGUGACCACUGGUUCACUGGUUCUCAUAAAGAAUGCUGAUACCCAAGUGGGUAGGCUUGUAAAAGUUUUAUGUCUUGAUCAUCCAGUUUUAGAUGAUGCAAAAAAUGAUUAUAGAACUUCUGCAAAUAUAUCUUCUUCACAACACCUAAUGCGUGCUUUACCCUCAUUUGAGUAUUCUGCCAACCACAAUGUACCCAUUGAUCUCGAAGCUGCAUAUGUCACUCCACUUCUAGCAUUCAACCUUGGAUUGCAUGUUUCAUCUCUCAAAGUUCUUCUUUAUGAAGGUCAAGAAUCUUUGAAUUCUCUAUUUGAGGUUGAAGCUGCGGAAGUAGUAGAGGGAAAGAGGAAUGUUGUUCUUGUUUCAUGGACUAAUUUACCUAGAUAUGCUUCACACCUAAGAAUUUCUUUUGUAAAGAUGCCCGAGUGUGGUAUGCUUCAAUCACUUAAAGGAAAUUCUAAAAUUGAGUCUGAUGAUCACCAAGAUAUGAUUGAUUCAGCUUUGAAUGAUUACUUCAAGGUAGAUAGAUAUUUAACAAGAGGAGAUGUUUUCUAUGUUCAAAUAGACUGGAAUUGCAAUUCAGAGAUGUGUGCUGUUUGCGGCCAAAACUCCAGAAAGAUUUCCAAUAAUUUUGUGUACUUCAAGGUAGUAGCAUUGGAACCACUAGAUGAGCAAACUCUUUGUGUUAACCGCAAUAAAACAGCCCUUGUUCUUGGAGGAAGUGUGGCAUCUGCUAUUCCGGAUUUUUUCCUUGAACCUUCUAUAGAGUGCAUAGCUUUGCAGAGUGAUACAAUAAAAAACUUGGCAUCAAUUAUUGCGCCUACCAUGUGCCCCUCGUUGCUGUCAUCGAAAUUUAGAGUUGCCAUACUCUUACACGGUCCGGCAGGGUGUGGAAAAAGAACCGUUGUUAGAUAUAUUGCUGGCCGGUUUGGCAUGCAUGUUGUGGAGUACAAUUGUCAUGACUUUACCGCAUCGUCAGGGCGAAAUGCUGCUGCGGCGCUUUCUAAUGCCUUUAAAACUGCUCUUAGGUAUUCACCCUGCAUACUUCUUCUUCGCUGCUUUCAUAUGUUUGGGAGCUUAUCUGCUAAUGACGGGUCACCAUCGGAUCAAGUUGCCAUUACAUCCGAAGUGGCAUCAGUUAUUCGAGAUUUUACCGAACCACUGCCUGAAGAAGAAAUCUCACAUACGAGCCAAAUGGAUGUUGGUGGUUUGCAUUUCACUAAUCAUUAUUUAGCGGAACCUGAAAGAGGUAGCAGACAUGGAGUCUUGUUUAUUGCAGUUGCUGACACCAUUGAAAGUCUGCAACCUGCUAUUAGGCGGUGCUUUAGCCAUGAGAUUAGCAUGAGCGUUCUGAAUGAAGCUCAGCGCUUUGAAAUGCUGCUCGAAAAACUAAAAGGUGUUAAUACUGCAAAUGAUGAGAACAUCACUGAGGAAUUUUUGAAAUACUUAGCUGGACAAACAUCUGGGUUUAUGCCACGGGACAUAAGUGCUUUAGUUGCUGAUGCUAGCGCCAGAUUUAUACUUAGGAUUCUAAAUGGCAGUGACGUAGGAGGUGGUAGAAAUUAUAAUGUUCAAAAUAUUGAAGGUUUUCCAUUAGGCAAGGAUGAAGGAGGCUCUGGUGCACUUGAGCAUUUGGACAAAGAAGAUUUCUCCAAAGCUUUAGAACGCUUUAAGACGAGAAAUGCUUCUGCACUUGGUACUCCUAAGGUGCCUAAUGUAAAGUGGGAAGAUGUUGGUGGUCUUGAGGAAGUGAAGAAGUCGAUACUUGACACUGUUCAGUUGCCACUUAUUCAUAAGGAUUUAUUCUCAUCUGGAUUACGCAAACGAUCAGGCGUUCUUCUUUAUGGACCGCCAGGUACAGGGAAGACAUUGCUAGCAAAAGCUGUUGCAACUGAAUGUUCCUUGAAUUUUCUUAGUGUGAAAGGGCCAGAGUUGAUUAACAUGUACAUAGGAGAAUCAGAAAAAAAUGUUCGAGACAUAUUCCAGAAGGCAAGGUCAGCACGUCCUUGUGUCAUUUUCUUUGAUGAGCUUGAUUCUCUUGCUCCUGCCAGGGGAGCAUCUGGUGAUUCGGGUGGUGUUAUGGAUAGAGUUGUUUCCCAGAUGCUUGCAGAAAUUGAUGGGCUUAGUGAGUCUAGUCAGGAUCUAUUUAUUAUAGGUGCAAGCAAUAGACCUGACCUUAUUGAUCCAGCACUUCUACGACCAGGCAGAUUUGACAAGCUUCUUUAUGUUGGAGUGAACUCCGAUGCUUCUUAUAGGGAAAGGGUUCUUACAGCGCUGACACGAAAAUUCAAACUACAUGAUAGUGUAUCUUUGCUUUUUAUAGCUAAGAGAUGUCCUCCAAAUUUCACUGGUGCAGACAUGUAUGCUUUGUGUGCAGAUGCAUGGUUUCACGCAGCGAAGCGGAAAGUUUCCCACAAUCAUCAAGAAACGUCAAUUAUAGAUGAUGCUGAAUCUGUCAUGGUUGAGAUGGAAGAUUUUAUGAAGGUAUUGGGUGAAUUAUCGCCGUCAUUAUCAAUGGCAGAACUGAAAAAAUAUGAACAGUUACGGGAUCAGUUUGAAGGCUCUUUGAAAUAGGAGGAAAUCAGAUGAUGGGAGAAAUUCUGGUUAGAAUAUCUCACAAAUUUUAAUUAGAAUCAACCUCAUUGUUAUCAAAUUCUUUUUGAGAUGAGUGUAAUAUUUAAUUAACCAAUAAAAUUUAUAUUGUAUAUAUUUCAAAGUAAAUCCUUUUGCAAUAAUGCUUGA